CAGCCAGCUGGGCCUCAAGGAAUUCCCGGUGGAGAAAAGAUGGGAAGGGAUCUUUGAGCAAUUCCUGGAAUUCGUCCGCUGCGGCUGCAAGGAGGAAAUGGAGGAAUCUUUCACGGGAUUCCACAUCCAAAGCAGCAAGGAGCUGAGGAAAUCCCAGGAAUACCUGUUCUGCCAAAGGGGCACCGAGGAGAUCUCCUGGAAAACCGAAGAUAUCCUGGAAGAGCUCAUCCAGCACCAGGAGCUGGAGUCACUCCAGAGGUAUUUGGAGCAGGCGCUGAAGUCUUCCCUGCAUCCCUUGGGAAAGCUCCUGCCUCUGACCGUGGUUUUCCAGGCCACUUAUUCCGGGAUCGGGGCCACCAGGCACCUGCUGAGCAUGGCUCAAGAGGAGGUCAAGUUCUACGCCCAGAAAAUUUGGGAAUUCUACCAGGCUUUGCUGCGUCUGGCGCUGGCGCGGAAGGGCCGGGGGCCCUCGGGGACGCGGAGCCCAGAAUUCUCCUGGAGCACAAAACCCUCUGGGAUCCUCUUGGGGCAGCCCGAGCGUGUGCUGGAAAUUCGGGAAGAGGGAGCAGAAACGCGGACGACACCUCGGGAAUGCUUCUUCCGUGGGCUGCUGGGCGGGGAUCGGGAAGGGCUCCGGCGUGAUCCUGGCGCUGAUCCUGCCCGCUUGUACCCCGAGCUCUCCAUGCUCUACAUGCUGGGCCACGAGCGGCAGGACGAGCUCUACGGGCAGGGCAUCGCGGAGCUGAGCCGCUUCCCGGACAUCCGGCUCCUGGAAUUCCUGGAUGUGCACAGGCACCUGUGGCCGCUCCAGGAUCUCCCGCUGAGCUCCGAGCAGAGGCGCUCCCUGAUCAAGGAUCAAUGUUUCCUGUCUGCCACGGAAUGUCUGCAGAAGCUCAUCACCACGGCGGAUCCGGGCGCCAAGCUGGCCGUCCUGCGGCAGACGUACGAGGAGCUGCAGAGCGCCGUGAGCCGCGCGCCGCACCGGGAAGCGCCGCACCGGGAAGCGCCGCACCGGGAAGCGCCGCUGCCCAUGGACGACCUCCUGCCUCUCCUGAUCUUCGUCGUGUCCCGAGCCAAGAUCCAACGCCUGGGAGCGGAAAUCCACCUGAUCCGGGAUUUCAUGGAUCCCGCCAACCACGGCGGAAUGUUCGACUUCCUGCUGACGGCUCUGGAGUCGUGCUACGAACACAUCCAGAGGCUGCGGCUGCACCCGAGGGAGAGCGGCCGCCGUUCCCAGAGCUCCUGAUCCGCCGGGAAAAGGCGCCUUUCCCCAAGGCGGCCGGAAAAAGCGGGAACUGCGGCCCUGCUGCCCUUCCCAAAGGGAAGAAUUCCCGAGGUUUUCCCCAUCCUAAAGCACUCCCUGGAAUUCCCUCAGCCAACCUCUGGGAAUUCUUUCCAAGCUGAGGUUUCCUUCUUAGAAUUUGAUCCCCUUUUCCCACAAAAAAUUCCUGGGAAAAAUCUGGUCCUGCUCGGGAUGGAUUUUUGGGCGGAAUUCCCAGAAAAAGAAGGAAUUUAGUUGGGAAAAGCCACAAAAUCCAAUUUUGGAUGGGAUCUUUCCUUGGUGGGACCAGGAGAGCUCAUCCCAAAAAAUUCCCCCUAAAAAAUCCAGGAGCAAACACAGCUGGAAAAAGCGGGAAUUGCGGCCCUGCUGCCCUUCCCAAAGGGAAGAAUUCCCGAGGUUUUCCCCAUCCUAAAGCACUCACUGGAAUUCCCUCAGCCAACCUUUGGGUUGGAAGGAAGAAAAAUUCCUUCUUUUUCUGGGAAUUCUUUGCAAGCCAAGGGGUUUUUUUUGUCAUUUGAUCUCCAUUUCCCACAAAAAAUUCCCAGGAAAAAUCUCCUGGUCCUGCUCGGGAUGGAUUUUUUGGCAGAAUUCCCAGAAAAAGAAGGAAUUUACUUGGGAAAAGCCACAAAUUCCAUUUUUGGGAUUCCUUGGCAGGGCCAGCAGAGCUCAUCCCAACGCUCCCAGAAAUUCCUGGAAUGAGAGGGCGAUUUUUCCCGCCCCUCCUUUUCCUCCUUUUCCCAACUCGGGGCCUCUCCAUCCCCUUCGGAAGCUGCUAUUCCCGAAUUUCCACCUUUCCUGCUGCUCCAGGAUUCCCGUUUAUCCCUGGGAGCGCUCGGGGGCGGCACCGCCGCACCUCGGCUCAUCCCGCGCUGCUUCGGAAUUCCGGAAAAAACGCCGGAUUCCUCCGGAAAUUUUGGGGAAAUUCUGGGGAAAAGCAGGAAUAUCAAUCCCAAAUCCAGCUGCUUCCGUGCCCUGUCGAAACCUGGAAUGGCUUCGUGCUCGGAGCACAACCAGGCUGGAAUUCACCUUGGAAAAGGAACCUUUGGAAUAUUCCAGAUGGAAUAUUUGGGAUGCCAUUGUGGCGUUUGUAGUGGAAAUCCCUUUUCCGGACAGGUUUUAUCCCGCUUUUUUUUUUUUUUUUUGGAAAUUUUCCCAUGGAAUUCUCCCCUUGUCCCGAUGAUUCCCAGAAAACCAAACUGCCCAGGCUUUUUCCCGCUGUUUUUCCCGGAAUUUUCGGCUUUAGUAAAGAGCACACGGAUUACAGGGAUCAAGGAAUGCCUCUGGAUCUUUAUUUCAAUAAAGCUUUGGAAUUCCGACCA